AAAGAUUUCUACAAAUUACAAUUUACUUUACGAGAUAAAGAAUCAAAAAUGAGUGAAACAGAAUCAGCGGGACCUUCUGCAUCAGGCAAGGAAAUGACAUUCGCGGAGAAACAAGCAGAACGAAUGAAGAGACUGCGCACUCUGCACUCCGCCAGAAAUGAGGCUAGAACACAAAAUCACCAGGAAGUCGUGGCUGAAGAGACUAGAAACAAGCUGCCCCCGAACUAUGAGGCGAAGCGACGCCAGGCGGAGUGGCUCGUCGACGACCAGAAGAAACGAGGCGAAGCGGAGUCAGAAGGCAAAGAUUACGACAGAGUGAAAUUGCUGAAUAUCUCCGCAGUCGAAGCGGAGCGUUUAGAGCGUAAAAAGAAAAAGAAAAAUCCAGACCAAGGGUUCUCUACUUACGAGCAAGCGACAGUGAGGCAGUACAACAGAUUAGUUAAAAACAUGCCAACAGCAGAUAUGGAGCAAUACGAGAAACAGAAACAAAAAUACGGCGAUGCGUUCUACGGCGGGCCUAACGUGAUCAUUCACGGCAUGCACCAGGACCGGAAGGAAGCUGUUGACAAGAUGGUGGACGACUUGGAAGGCCAGAUCGCCAAGCGCGCGAAAUAUUCACGCAGACGUAUCCAUAAUGACGAUGCAGACAUUGAUUACAUCAACGAGAGGAACGCCAAGUUCAAUAAGAAGCUUGAGAGGUUCUACGGAGAGCACACGGCUGAGAUUAAACAGAAUUUGGAGCGUGGUACUGCCAUUUAAGUUAGUUGCAUAAGGUUUGUAAAUAGUUAAUAAAUGUAUUGUAUCUAAA